UCUCUGCUCUCCUGUCGCCCCUCCGCUCCGUUAGCAGCCGCUGUGGCUCCGCGGUGUGAAACUCGGAGGAAACAGGAACAAACAGGACGACUCAGGCUUUAGUCAGUUGGACCGCUGCAUGUUCACGGGCUGGGAAGAAUAAUCCACAGGUUCGGUAGAGAUUCUGGCUCUGGAAACCCCGGGACUGCAGCAGGAAGGACGGGGAACCGAGGCUGGGAUUGGCUCGGUUAUUUCCGGAGCGGAUCCCGAAGUGAAGCAGGGAAGGAGAAAGGAAGAUGGAGACCCCCAGUCCUGCAUUUUGAGCGUGACAAAUCCGACCUGGGAAAAGUUGAACUGGGAGCCAUCCGGAACCAUGGCCCAGCAGCUCUUUGGGCUUCCAGCCAACCGGCGAAUCAUCACCGGCCUGCUGGUCAACCUCUUCUCCUCCAUCUGCAUCGUCUUUAUCAACAAGUGGAUCUACGUCCACUACGGCUUCCCCAACAUGACCCUCACCCUCGUUCAUUUUGUGGUCACAUGGUUGGGACUCUACAUCUGCCAGAAAAUGGACAUUUUCUGUCCAAAAAGCCUACCAGUGCGCAGGAUCAUGUGGUUGGCACUCAGCUUUUGUGGCUUUGUGGCCUUCACCAACCUCUCUCUGCAGAACAACUCGAUAGGCACGUACCAGCUGGCCAAAGUCAUGACCACGCCCGUCAUCAUCCUCAUCCAGACCACAUAUUACAAGAAGACUUUCUCUACCAAGAUUAAGCUGACGCUAGUACCCAUAACUUUGGGGGUGAUAUUGAACUCUUACUAUGACGUGCGUUUCAACCUGUUGGGGACGGUUUUUGCCACACUGGGGGUUCUUGUCACUUCACUUUACCAAGUGUGGGUGGGAGCGAAACAACAUGAGCUCCAGGUGAACUCAAUGCAACUUCUCUACUAUCAGGCUCCUCUCUCAUCCGCCAUCCUCCUUGGGAUCAUCCCGCUGUUUGAGCCGCUGGCCGGAGACGGCGGGAUAUUCGGACCCUGGUCAUUGCCUGCUCUGGUGGCGGUGCUGUUCUCUGGCGUGGUGGCGUUCCUCGUUAACCUUUCCAUCUACUGGAUCAUUGGGAACACUUCGGCUGUAACCUACAACAUGUUUGGUCAUUUCAAGUUCUGCAUCACUCUGAUUGGAGGAUAUCUGCUCUUCCACGACCCGCUGUCUCUUAACCAGGCGUUGGGAAUUCUCUGUACGCUGGCAGGAAUCCUGUCCUACACUCACUUCAAGCUGCUUGAACAGGAAGAGGGAAAAAGCCGCCUGGCUCAGAAGCCAUAGGCUGACCUCUGACCCCUCACAGCAACCAGAUGAAGAAACCUCCUUAGAUGUCUCAGAAUGUCCUUCAGAGGAACAAAACAUUUCUUUAAAAUUUGACUCUUCAGAAAGAGAAGCGGAAACAAAUCGCAGCAUUGUCUCAACUCAAAAUCCAAAGCAAUGUUAGCUUCAAAAAACAACAUUUUCGUUUUCAAAAAAGAUCAGGAUAACGACCUUUCAGGAGUUUUUGUUUGGACGGAUUUGGGUCUGAGUUGUCUGCAGAAUUUCCUGCAAAUAUUUGAGAUUUAGUUGACAAACUGGACAGUUUUAGAGCAACAGAUCAACAGAAAUCAGACCAAAACAAAGCGUUUUGCUGACGGUGCCUAUUCUGAACAUCGUUUGCGCUGCCACUCAUCAUGGGCUUCAGUGUUGUUCAUUUUAGGUGUUUAAUGAUUUAUUUAAUCAUAUUCUAGAGUGAUUUUGAUUAUGUAAAACAACGACUGCCUUUUUAUCAAUCAAGUUUGAAGCAUAUAGGCUUUUUACAAAGAAAACAAAAUACACCCUCUAAUGUUUGGUUAAAUGUUUGAGGAGCAAAGAAGUCGACUAUUUCAGAUCAUUCACUCCAAAUACAUCAACUCUUAUCAAGUAAUCUUCAGCAACAAAUAGGAACCUGUUUUAGGUCAAUAAUUUCUUAAUAUUGAUGAAAAAGUAUCAGUUCCACUGGCAGAUUUUCUCUUGUAGUUUUUCAUCAAAUUUAAUUAAUUAUUAACUGAAAAUAAGAUAGACUUAGACUUAGACUUAGACUUGACUUUAUUGAUCCCUUGGGAAGACUCCCUCAGGAAAUUAUAGUUACCAGCAGCUCACAGGCAAAAAUGUGGCACACAGUAAGCAUACAUAAAAGAAUACAAAAAAAUACAAAUUAAAUACAAAACAAAGAAUAUAAAUACAACACAAAGGAAAUUAUAGCAAUUUGGUGGAUAGAUUGACCAGUGAUAUGGUAUUGCACUGUAUGGUUUGGCCUGAUAAAUAUGGAGUUCACAUUUGUAGAAAAACUACUCCUUCUUCCCUCUGUCCUGUGUCACCUCCGACCCCCCAGUGAGGAGUUGUACAGUCUGAAGGCGUGGGGGACAAAGGAGUUCUUGAAUCUAUUGGUCCGGCACUUGGGAAGCAGCACUCUGUCACUGAACAGGCUCCUCUGGCUGCUGAUGACGGCGUGUAGAGGGUGGCUGCUAUCGUCCAUGAUGUCCAGCAGUUUGUUCAGUGUCCUCGCCUCUGCCACCGUCACCAGAGAGUCCAACUUCAUGCCGACCACAGAGCCGGCACGCCUGAUCAGUUUGUCCAGUCUGGACGUGUCCUUCUUGGAUGUGCUGCCUCCCCAGCACACCACGGUGUAGAAGAGGACAAGAUAUCCUCGAUGCUCGAUGUUUGAAACUGGGACUCAGUUUGGUGAAUCAGGAAACCAAAUCUUUACCUGGCGGAAUCAGUUUUAGCUGAUAACUCAUUUUUUCCUGGCUGAAUUUAGCCUCAGACAUUUCAGCGAUGCAGUUUUUCCUUGAAUGGAUUCAUUUCAGUUUUAUUUUUUCAGAGAAGAAUAAUCAUGCUUUAAUCAUCGUCAAAUUAUUAUUUUUUUUUUUUUACCAAUUUCUAUAUUUUAUUAAUUUAGUCUGAGUUAUUAUUUUCUGUUUGAAGCUGAAUUACAUUCUGCAGUAGAUUUCUUUUUUAUUCUUUGUCUUUUUGUUUAUGUUUUGUUGUUUUAAUAUGGAAUAAAACGAGUUGUAAUAAAUUGGGUUGUAAUGUGAAAAAUUGCAAUAUUCUGCAAUAAACUG